AUGUAUCAUUGUUAUCAAUCAAAAUAAAAAAUGGCGAAAAUCGAGAUGACAAUUCUGGUCCUGUCGUCGAUGUUCGUGACGAUAUUCACGGCGGUUAACGGAUACGGUACGAUAGUGGGAGGCAAAACGCCGAUCAGCGACGUGAGCUCGAACAAAGGGGUGCAAGAACUGGGGAGGUUCGCGGUGGCGGAGUACAACAAAAGCCAGCUGCAGAAGGGAAACGGCGGCGGUAAUCAGCUGGAGUUUUCGCAGGUGGUGGAGGCCGGCCAACAGAUAGUCUCGGGGAUCAAAUACUUUCUGAAGAUCGAAGCGACGGAGAAUGGCGAGAAGAAGACGUUCGAUGCGGUGGUUUUGAUCAAACCUUGGUCUCAACCCGAAGAGAGGCAAAUGCUUAGCUUCUCUGCAUCUAAUCAAUAAGGAUGGAUGGAUGGAUGGAUGGAUGGAUGGAUGGUGUUAGUUUGUGGUUCUAAUUAAGCCUGUGAUUUUCC